AGACCAGCACGCGCUGUCACCCUGAGUGACUUUGAAGAGCUCGCGACGUGGAGAUCUUCAUGAGCGGGACCAUCAUGAAAAAGUUGAAUAUAUGAUUCAUCAGUCAGAAGAAGAAGAAGAACCGGGCGGGACGUCUGUGUUUUAUAUGACACGUUUAUGGGGAAACAAAACCGGACACCGAGCAUCCAAAAGCUGUUUGAGAAUAUAAGACACGUGGGCUUGUGAGUCGUUAAGGAAGAUGAUGAUGAUGAUGGAAACAGCUCCGUGAGAAAAAAAACACCGUUCUUCGGUACAUGGUGAAGUUUGUUCGACAUGCCCGAGAAUGUCUCCAUCAUCAGGAACGGGUCGGAUAUCGGGGACGGUCGCGCGUGGGGAACCGGAGCGGGCGCGCGGCCGGUGUGGGUCGUCACGGUGCUGGCCAGCGUGCUGAUCUUCACGAGCGUAGUGGAUGUGCUCGGAAACGUGCUGGUCAUCAUCUCGGUGCUCAGAAAUAGGAAACUGAGAAACGCGGGUAAUGCGUUUGUCGUGAGCCUGGCUUUCGCUGACCUGCUGGUGGUUUGCUAUCCAUACCCAUUGGUUUUGCAUGCCAUGCUGGAUGCUGGCUGGUUGCCGGGGGAAAUGGAGUGCAAGGUGAGCGGAUUCCUGAUGGGAGCGAGCGUCAUCGGUUCCAUAUUCAACAUCACCGCGAUAGCCAUCAACCGCUACUGCUUCAUUUGUCAAACCAACACCUACGAGAGAGUCUACGGCCGGGCGGGAACCCUGGCACUGCUGAUGCUGGUCUGGGUCUUUACCGCCAUUGCGAUCCUCCCAAACCUGGCCCUGGGCUCACUGACGUAUGACCCUCGGGUUUAUUCGUGCACCUUUAGUCAGACGACGAGUGCGAGUUACACUAUAGCCGUGGUGACCGUGCAUUUUCUGCUUCCCAUCGGCGUGGUUACGUUCUGCUAUCUGAGGAUUUGGGUGCUGGUGCUGCGCGUAAGGAGGCGCGUCACCAGCGACGUCAAGCCGCGGCUGCGUCCGAGUGAGCUGCGACACUUCCUAACCAUGUUCGUCGUGUUCGUGCUGUUCGCUGUCUGCUGGGCGCCGUUGAAUUUGAUCGGCCUGGCUGUAGCGGUGGACCCGCCCCGUGUUGCACCCUUGGUCCCUGAUUGGCUGUUUGUGGUGAGUUAUUUCAUGGCGUAUUUUAACUCCUGUCUGAACGCCGUGGUAUACGGACUGCUCAAUCAGAACUUCCGCAGGGAAUACCGCAGAAUACUUCUGUCAGUUUGUAGCCCACGCCUCUUCCUGCAGGAGACAUCAAGGGGCGGGACUGAGCGCAGCAACAGACAUUCACCUGGCGUCAACAACAACAAUGACCAGCCUAAGGCUAACACAAUAUAACUUGGUCACAAUGCGUUUAAUUGUUAAAAUAUACGCGAGAAUGCUGCAAAUGAUUUUAAACUUAGUCCACUAAUGUUUUGAAAAUGUUUUUUACUACUCACUUUACAUAUUACUGUGUGCAAAAAAAUACCUCAUUUGUUGGAAAUCCAUAAAAUAAUAAUCCUCAGUGAUCGAAAAAUUAAUUACAUCUCAUGAGUGUUACAGUCACUUUGAGUUAAUGCAUGCUAAUGGGUGCAUCCCAAUUCAAAGGCUGGAUCCUUCGAAAGUCACAGACUUUGAAGGUGGGAACCGAUGCAGCCUCUCAAGUCCACAAAGCGAACUAAAAUGAGACUUCUAGCCUACGUUGGAAGUUACGUCACCUGCUGUUCCGGCCCAGCGAGCCUGUCAUUGGGACACAACAGCAGAGACGUUUCAAACUUUAAAUAAUAAAUAUGGAGCCAAGAAAUGUAUUCAUGCUGCAAGUCUAGCAUGGAAACUAUGGACCUUUUUUCCCUUGAAAUAGGGAACCAAUUACAGAACAGGGAGGGGGCAGCAAGACGAUGACGACGUCUAUGCGACACACAGAUUGGCUAUGAGCUACGUACAGACACAUUUAAUAGACAUUCGUAGCACCCAAUAAACGGCAUAGAGAACCAAUCACAGAACGGGGAGGGGGCAGCAAGACGAUGACGACGUCUAUGCGACACACCGAUUGGCUAUGAGCUACAUACAGACGCAUUUGAUAGACAUUCGUAGCACCCAAUAAACGGCAUAGAGAACCAAUCACAGAAAGGGGAGGGGGCAGCAAGACGAUGACGACGUCUAUGCGACACACCGAUUGGCUAUGAGCUACGUACAGACGCAUUUGAUAGACAUUCGUAGCACCCAAUAAAUGGCAUAGAGAACCAAUCACAGAAAGGGGAGGGGGCAGCAAGACGAUGACGACAUCUAUGCGACACACCGAUUGGCUAUGAGCUACGUACAGAUGCAUUUGAUAGACAUUCUUAGCACCCAAUAAAUGGCAUAGAGAACCAAUCACAGAACGGGGAGGGGGCAGCAAGAUGAUGACGACGUCUAUUCGACACACCGGUUGGCUAUGAGCUACAUACAGACGCAUUUGAUAGACAUCUGUAGCACCCAAUAAAUGUCUUCGGGAACCAAUCACAGAACAGGGAGGGGGCAGCAAGACGAUGACGACGUCUAUGCGACACACAGAUUGGCUAUGAGCUACGUACAGACGCAUUUGAUAAACAUUCGUAGCACCCAAUAAACGUCAUAGAGAACCAAUCACAGAACAGGGAGGGGGCAGCAAGACCAUGACGACGUCUAUGCGACACACCGAUUGGCUAUGAGCUACGUACAGACACAUUUGAUAGACAUUAGUAGCACCCAAUAAACGGCAUAGAAAACCAAUCACAGAACGGGGAGGGGGCAGCAAGACGAUGACGACGUCUAUGCGACACACCGAUUGGCUAUGAGCUACGUACAGACACAUUUGAUAGACAUUCGUAGCACCCAAUAAACGGCAUAGAGAACCAAUCACAGAACGAGGAGGGGGCAGCAAGACGAUGACGACGUCUAUGCGACACACCGAUUGGCUAUGAGCUACCUACAGAUCCAUUUGAUAGACAUUUGUAGCGCCCAAUAAACUGCUCUGGGCAUUCGUAAACCACGCCUCAAAUAGAGAACAUGAACAUGUGGUUCCCAGACGACGUCUUAUUCUCUUUGAGACUGGUCUGGUGUUAGCCAGGCUAGCAGAUUAAACUUCCCAACAAUAUAUCAAAUAUAACAACCUUAAACUUAAUAUACAAAAGUAAAACGCAACAUGCACAAUAUUGCAGCAAUAAUAUUAAUUGACAUCGUUAAAACAUCCUUUAUAAUAGUAAAGUGCAAAAUAUACACGUUAAUUUAACUACAGUUAUGUAAGUGUUUAUUACCCAGACGUGACAGGCGCGCAUUAAAUCUUGGGAUAGCCGAGACUGUGAAUGAUCCAUCUGAUGGAUAAAUGAAGGAUGCAUUUGGAGGCUACAUUGAAGGCUUUUAAAUGAGCCUCCGAAUUAGGACAACCUUUGUCUCGGCACAGUGAAUUUAUUGGCCUUCCAAUACGGCCUUUGGAGGAUGCAGCCUUCGAAUUGGGAUGCAUCCAAUGAUUCAGAGCAAUGCAAUAAGUCAUGACUAGAGGAGAAGUGCUUAAGAAAGAUAUAAUUUUUAACCCACACAGUGCAGAAGAUCAGCAGUAUUCCUCUCCAAGCAUCUACCCCUGUAAGACCUGCUCUUCCCUUACCGCCAGAGAUAGUUUUCUCAAACCAUUCAUAAAUACACACCUAACAGUUCUCAAGAGAAAUUGCAAGUGCUUCCCUAAAGCUAAAACUAUGCUUACAGUUUUUCUUUGACCAUUUAGCACUGUAAAUUAUUUCCCAGAGCUCCAAUUUCAUUAGCACUUUUGGCAUUGUAAGUACACUACAUCCUUCCCUUGUCCUAUGCAACCAAUUCAUUAAACUCAACAGAGAAAUAGCAGGGCUCCCUUAGGUUUGCAGCAAAGGUUUCUCCCAAAACACUGCAGCAACGUUCCUGUGAGACUCCCCUAUUGCUAUGCAAACUCAAUAUGAGCCCUCCCACAGCUGCACUUAAGAAAACACUGUGGCAUUCUUAGUAUAACGUUCCCACAACAUUCCUUGGAGAGGUCUGCAGGUGCAGCCCCGUGGGAAUAUGCCAAAUUACUACAAGCAUACGCAUUAUUGUCUGUGGGUUUAAAAAACACCAUAUGCUCUGAAUGUGCACCAGCAGAACACAUCUGUGAAUGUGUUGCGACAAACAAUUUACUUAAAUUAUGAAAUUGCAGUAAUUUUAGCCUAAACGAUUGAAUGAUGGAUGCAUGGGUUUAGCAUUUGAGCCAUAAAAGAGUGAAACUGAUUAUCACAGAUUAAUUACAUGACACAUUUUCAGUGUCGAGUUUGAUAUUUUAAUGUGAAAAUAGACUACAUCCUCUCUAUAAAAAAAAAAAAUGCUGGGUUAUUUUCAACCCUGUGUUGGGUCAAAAGGGACAAACCCUUUUGGGAUGUGAUAUGUGACCCCGGACCACAAAUCCAGUCUUAAGUAGCACAGGUAUAUUUGUAGCAAUAGGCAAAAAUACAUUGCAUGGGUCAUCACUUUUUCUUUUAUGCCAAAAAUCAUCAGGAUAUUAAGUACAGAUCUUGUUUCAUGAAGAUAUUUUGUAAAUUUCUGAUUGUAAUUAUAUCACAACUCUUAUUUUUGUGAGUGGAUGCUGGACUUCAUUUGAACAACUUUAAAGGGUAUUUUUUUAAUAUUUGGCACCCUCAGAUUCCAGAUUUUAUAAAUGUGGCAAAAUAUUGUACUAUCCCAAUAAACCAUAAAUAAAUGUAUGCUUAUGUAUAAGCUUUUAGAUGAUGUAUAAUAGUGAUCGGGUCUUAUGAUAACUUACAGGUCCCAUGGGUAAUUUGCAUGUCGGGUUGUGGUGAGGAA